AUGACCGCAGCCGAAGAGGAAGCCCUCGCCGAGUCCGGUGAGGAUCUCUUGGUGGAGGACCUCCCCGAAGGGCUAAUCAACGAACUCACGUGCUCCCCCGGCCAUCCCGCGGCGAAAAAGGCUUGCAUGGACACUGGCGCAGGCCAUACCAGCAUUAACUCCCCCGCCACCUCCUCUGAUUCGGCCCUAGCGCAGCCCUCGCGGUCUCCCAUGCCCCUCGCUGCUGCUGCUCCUGCGUCGCCCUCGAGCGGCCCCAUGCCCACGCCGGCAGCAACUGUUGCCUCCCCCAACGCCCCGGCCCUCCACGCCGCUGCCUACGCUUCAGUCGUCGCUGGCGUCAACCCGGCCCCCGCGCUGCCCGCCUCGCUCUUCGCCUCACCCGCGCCUGGCGGAUCCCCCCGUAACCUUCGCCGCGCGCGCACUACUACGGCCACCUCGAUGCUCCUCCCCCUUCGCCGCCGCGUGGUAGUCACGCUCCUCCUCCCGGAGGCCGUGUUGGGGUCGCACCGCACGGAACUCCUCGCCGGGAUCAACGCGCAGUUGUGCGGCUUCAUGUUUGAUUCGAGCAUCAUCCCCCCCUUCGAGCACACCGUCGGCGAAUCCCUCCGUGUGGCCCGUCGCGUGUACGGCCGCCUGUUGUUCUCUUGGCCGUCGCAGGAAGAUGCCGCGGCUUUUCGCAAGCUUUUUCCCCUCAUGCUGAAAAUCUCCAACUCCCGCCCCGUCAUGUUGAAAGUUUAUGUUGACAGGUUCGAAGCCUUCACCGCCGCAAAGGCAGCCGGCGCUCCCACCCUGUCUAUUCGAAAGUUCCCCCUCGAGUUUGAUCCGGAGGAUAUCCGCGCCUCUCUCCUCGGGACCACCGACGAGGACGGCGCGCAUUGGCUCGCGGACCUGACUGACUUUCACCGUGCUUCCGACCCCUACGAAGACACCUUUUUCACCCACCUCGCAGGGCUCCCGGUCGCCACCCCCGAUGAUCCAAACUUCGAACGGAUCCCAUCCGAAAUCAUGCUGGAGACGAACAAGCCCGCUAUGCUGCUCAAUUUCUCCUCCCACGUGUGCUCGCUGUGCGGUAACAACCAUCGUGCAUCGCACCACGAGGCUUUUGCUGCUCGCCGCCGCGGGCGCCUCACGAACAAGAACACGAUCUCAAUUGCUCAGCUGCAGCAGGCAAACGGUGCCCCCCCACACCCUGCCUCCACCCCCGUCACCCACCUCUCCCCCACAGUGCUUCCUUCUCCGGCCCCCCAUGUCGUGGGGCUCCUACUCACUCUCCCGCCCUCCCCACACCACCCCCCCCUCCCUGCCCUCUCCAACCCCUAUUGGCAAACUUCCCUCCCAAGACGCUCAGCCCUUGCCACCAACGUACCCUCCUCUGUCCCCCCUACAGUCGGGCCUCCGCCCACCCUCAUGACUCCCCCGUACUCCCACUCCCCCCAUGCAAGCUCCGCGUCUCGGAGCCUCUGCUCUACCCUUGAUCCCCCACUCCCUGCCCCUACACACUUCAACCCCUCCCCCCACAACACUCCCCCCCCCUCCCCCUCUGAGGACGGACCCCCGCCCUCCCACACACUCACACCCCACCCGCACCCUCCCCCUGCUCCCCCCCCCCCCUCGCAGACCGCACUUUCUUACGGAACCCCUCGCCCUGUUCCCUUCCAACACACCCCCCACUUUAGGCGCCUUCCCUCCCAGGGUCUCCCCAGAGGACGGCCCCGCUGCCCACCCCCAUGCUGGCACGGAGACGCUCCCCUCCCCCCCCCUCUCCCCCCUGUUUCUAACAGCACCCUCCCCUGCUUCCCCCACACCCCGACUCCUCCCCUCCCCUCCCUCUCUCCCGAUCCCCCUCCUCUCGUCUCCCCCUACCCUCAAUCCCGCCUUCCCCACCCCCCCUCACUCUUUUCACCCCCCACCCUCUCAGGGACCCAACUGCAAUCGUCCCCAGCGCUCUGUCCGGGCCGCCCGACCCCCAACGUGGCUCCCCCCCUCUGCCAGCAGCCCCCUCCCCCCGGUCUCUCCCACAUUGCUCUCAAGCAGGCCGCUCCACCCCCCUCUGGUCUCUUCUUCCCCCCCGCCUGGGCCCCCGAACACCCCCGCCCCUUCUCUGCGCCUUCCCCCCUCCCUGCACCCCCCUCCUCCCGCUGCCAUUUAGCCCACAUGGUCCUCCCCCUCUCGGUCCUCACCCUCACCUCCCCCUCCUACCCCACCCCUCCAACUCUCCCUCCCCCCCUUAUUCCUGCACCUCUGUCCACCCCCUCGCCCCCCCUGCUCCCCCCUCCUCCCCCCAACACCAACCCCAUCCAAGCCCCCCUUCCCCUCUGCCGUGCUGCUUCCCCCCCCCGUACGGCCGCCCGGGCCCCUGCCAACCCCACUUUCAAUCUGACCCUACCCACUCCCCUCGCUCCUACCCAUCCCUCUCCCCGCGCCAGGUGCCCCCCCACACCCUGCCUUCACCCCCGUCACCCACCUCUCCCCCACAGUGCUUCCUUCUCCGGCCCCCCAUGUCGUGGGGCUCCUACUCACUCUCCCGCCCUCCCCACACCACCCCCCCCUCCCUGCCCUCUCCAACCCCUAUUGGCAAACUUCCCUCCCAGGACGCUCAGCCCUUGCCACCAACCCUCUGCUCUACCCUUGAUCCCCCACUCCCUGCCCCUACACACUUCAACCCCUCCCCCCACAACACUCCCCCCCCCCUCCCCCUCUGAGGACGGACCCCCGCCCUCCCACACACUCACACCCCACCCGCACCCUCCCCCUGCUCUCCCCCCCCCUCGCAGACCGCACUUUCUUACGGAACCCCUCGCCCUGUUCCCUUCCAACACACCCCCCACUUUAGGCGCCUUCCCUCCCAGGGUCUCCCCAGAGGACGGCCCCGCUGCCCACCCCCAUGCUGGCACGGAGACGCUCCCCUCCCCCUCCCUCUCCCCCCUGUUUCUAACAGCACCCUCCCCUGCUUCCCCCACACCCCGACUCCUCCCCUUCCCUCCCUCUCUCCCGAUCCCCCUCCUCUCGUUUCCCCCUACCCUCAAUACCGCCUUCCCCACCCCCCCUCACUCCUUUCACCCCCCACCCUUUCAGGGACCCAAUUGCAACCGUCCCCAGCGCUCUGACCGGGCCGCCCGACCCCCAACGUGGCUCCCCCCCUCUGCCAGCAUCCCCCUCCCCCCGGUCUCUCCCACAUUGCUCUCAAGCAGGCCGCUCCACCCCCCUCUGAUCUCUUCUCCCCCCCGCCCGAACUCCCGAACACCCCCGCCCCUUCCCCGCGCCUUCCCCCCCUCCCUGCACCCCCCUCCUCCCGCUGCCACUUGGUUCCCCCCCUCUUGGUCCUCACCCUCACCUCCCCCACCGGCCCCACCCCUCCAACUCUCCCUGCCCCCCUUAUUACUGCACAUCCGUCCACCCCCCCGCCCCCCCUGCUCCCCCCUCCUCCCCCCAACCGCCCCCUCUCUUGCAGGCAACCUUCUGGGGACUCAUGCUGCGCCGACCGCCUUCCGCAACGACCCCGGCCUCCUCUACAUCGGGCUGGACGACUGGGUCGAAUACUGGACAUGCGCUCUCUGCGACUUCACCUGCGGCGCUGCCCUCAACAGCGCCAUGGAGCAUAUCCAGUCCAACCUGCACGCCACCCGCGUGAAGGCCUCCGCUCACCGCCCGGCUGCCAAGGACGACUUUGGUCCUUGGCGCGCACUCACCCUGCUGCAGCAGAAGGCUAUGGUGACUGCCUUCCUUCGCGGCCGUCCUUAG